AUGAAAACUCAUUUGUUUAUAAUGAACCGUAAACUAGAUGAUUUGAAGGAAUAUUAUGGCCGAGAAGAUGAUGGACUUGAACCGUUAUUGAAAAAGGCGAAAAGCCCACCAUUGAACAUCGACCAGAUGGAUUUACAUGGUAAAAUCGAGGACAGUAUGCCGAAGAAUAAGAGCCCAUCCACAAACACAAAUGCUGCCACACAAAACGAUCACAUGAAACUAGCAACGAUAUCUAAUUUGCCAGCGCAGUCAUCAAACAAAGUAUGUCAUAAUCGAAAACGACGCCCACGGAUGCAGAAAGAUUCACUCGAGUCCAACACAUUGACGACAGAUUCAUCUACUUCUUGCACACCAUCAAGUACCAACAAUUCCUCUCGGAAAAAAUCCGAUCUAUCCUGUGUCGUUUGUAGCGGUGUGGCUCAUGGAUAUAACUUUGAUGCAAUCUCGUGUGAAUCUUGUAAAGCAUUUUUCCGUCGUAAUGCACUUUUUAAUACAGAUCGAUUGAAAUGUCGACGUGAUGGCUGUUGUGAUAUCACAUUGGAAACGCGACGUCGAUGUAAGUCCUGUCGAUUGAAGAAAUGUUUCGCAGUUGGCAUGCGGAAGGAGUGGAUUUUGACCGAAGAAGAAAAACUGAAUAAGAAACGACGAAUUGAAGAAAAUCGACGAUUACGAAUGACAAAUGACGAAACCAAUGUAUCAGAAGAAAAAAUCAACCCUAGCAUACAGUUGAAUUCGGACCUGCAAAGUGUUAUUCUAGAAAAUAAUCAAUUAACUACAAAACCAACAAUAGAAACGAGAAAUUCAACAUCGGAUAGUAAGAACAACGAUGUGAUCAAUCAUGUGACUCGAGCAUUUAAUGCUGGAUUUCAAUUGGACCCUCCAACUUACGGAUGGUCAUAUCAUUUAGCAAAAAAAGUGACUGCAUUAUGUCAGAUAUUGAACACAAAAAAUACAACAGCACUUCGUCUCAUUAGCUUUUACAAAGGAUUACCAGAAUUCGAUGCUCUGAACGACAUUGAUAAAGUUUAUCUUAUUAAAAACAAUUUACCUCCUGUCUUCAUAUUUCUUGCUUCACUUGGAUAUGAUCCGAUUAACGAUAUAUAUCGUGAGGGAAAUCCGCCUCAUCAGACGUUCGUGUAUGGUGUCGAUGUUCGCGAAGCGCAUGGAGAAAAUAUCUACGCUCAUUUUACAUCGAUCAUGCGCUCCUUACAUUCAGUUGCUCAAACAGACCAACGAAUCAUUCAGUUAAUAUUAGUUAUAAUACUCUUUUCGAAAGGCAUGUCGGGCGCAGUAAACUUCAAUGAGCCAUCACCAAGUAAUUAUCGGCAGGUAUUUCAAGCACAGAACUUUUACGUCGAACAUUUAUGGUUAUUUAUGAGCAAGUUCUAUGGUCCAUUGAAAAGUACAAUUCUGCUAUCGACAUUAGUCACUAAAUGCUUACAUAUCCAAACACUUCUGUGUGAUAUUCAAAAGGAUAUUUAUGAAAAAAUUGAUCCGUACCAAGUGCCGCCAAUCAUACGGAGUCUCAUGCAUGUUUCGCACUGA